AUGCUCUUCCAACGAGACCACUCCGCGAGACCUUUCGGCGUGAAGAAGUUUAUAAUUUGCACUUCUUCCCGUACCUGUUUGUUCCCCGACCUCCAGCAGUGUGUUACAUUUAGUUUUAUGAACGUUACGCCGCUGUUCCUCCUCGUCUGCCACUUGCUGUCGGCGAAGGUUCGGGGAGAAUCGUCUAUUCGAGGAACGCAGAAAGAGGAGCAACACACUGUCGGAAAGCUACAAGAGCAGUCUGUUGUUUGUAUGGUGGAGCAGGUGGAUGUCAAAUUUUCCAAUUAUGAACCCUCACCCAGUAACGAUGCGGCGAGUACGGCGAACGACAGCGACUCGGCAUUCCUUUGUGUGACGGACCAGGACAACGCGGCUGAUCAAUCGUUCGUCAUUGACUUGCCACCUUUGGUCUUGGAGAACAUGACGCAUCACGAGCAUCCCGUUCUAUCCAUUUCCGACGCGGUUCUGGAUAAUGAAGCGGUUCAGCUUUCGGUCAUCAAGGACGCCUCUAUUGAUAUUGAUGAUUCACCAUCCCAACACCGUUCUCUGGCGUCGGCAACGGGUACUGGCCAAGUCCUGGUCUUACGGAUCACUUAUCGUGGCAUAUCCCCCUCUCUGUCGGCCGAUCAACUGGCCUCACGUGUUUUUGGCUUGGGUAACAAUCCGGAACGUCACAGUCUUUCCAGCCAAAUCGAUGCUUGUUCAUUUAGGCAGUUACAACUGAGACCAGCAGAGGGCGAUGACAUUGUAAAUGGCAUUGCUGAAAUUUCCAUUGACAAGCGAGUAGCUGGCUCGAACUCGGUGCUGGCUUUGGAUAAUCUAGUGGUCGCUAACGCCACGCGACGGUUUGGUCGAUUGAGUACCCAGUUCGCUCAUGUCUUAUUUGUCUUCCCAAGCGCUGGGCUUUUGUUUGGUGGACGUGGAUGGUUGGCCUAUGCCUAUUUCAACGGGUGGCGCUCCGUCUACAACGACAAAUGGGGUGGUAGCUUGUCCGCCUUGAUGCAUGAAGUAGGGCACAAUCUUAACUUGAACCACGCCGGACGAGGUAGCCAAAACUAUGGCGAUGUCACAGGUUACAUGGGAUGGGGAACUUCUAAGAUUGGUGCUCCCACAAGCUGCUUUAAUGCACAAAAGAGCUGGGCACUGGGAUGGUACAAAGAUCGUUCCCUUUCACUCUCUCUCCCAGAUUUCCCUUGGGGAGGACAGGUUGCCUUCUUCGGGGAGUACGACAAGACAACGCCGGAUCAACCUGUUAUUCUAAGUCUUGAAGACGGCAGCAAGCGAUUUUUUUUACAGUACAACCGCGCCAAAGGUAUGAACGAGCAAACCCGAGAAUUUCCCAACCAGGUUGUCCUUGUCAGUGACGAAGGCCCGGGAGACGGAAGGUGGGGUCCGCAAUCCCGGCUGGAAGGAGCUAUCGGCUUGAACGAGCAAAGCACUCGACGAAACUUUCGAAUCCAAAACUUUGAAGCAUCGGGCUUUCCUCUCUUUAUCCGAGUUUGUGAUGAGGUGGAGGGCCCUCCCGACUUGGUACGUCUCAGCAUUCACUUGGAAGAUGGAACGCAGAGUGACACUUGCAAUUUAAAUAUAGAGGCUUCAGCGCAGACCACGCCUUGCGAUGACGACUUCUCGGCAGUGUUCUUCGUAGACCCCAAUCGUGGGUACAAAGACUGCGGCUGGCUGGCUCGAGUGAUGGCAAAAAGUGAUUUUUGGUCUGAGGCUUUGUGUCAAGAGGGCCACGAAGCCUACAAUGCAUGCGCGGAGACAUGUGGCAAAUGUACAGACAAAUGCGAAGACACCACCGGAGCUUUUUUCUAUGUCAAUGCUCGUCAUGGAAACAAGGAUUGUGAGUGGCUUUCGACGAGAACUCCUUGGCGUGAAAAAUUAUGUCAUGAAGGCAACGCCGCAUACGCUUACUGCCAAGAAUCCUGCAACGUCUGCGACUAA